AUGGCGAAGUGGCUUGCUCAUGGUCGCCACAGCCAAUCAACCUUCAACACCGACGAGGCUUCCUUGAGUCGCCUUGCUAGCUGUAUAGGCAUAGUCCGUGACCAACUGUCCCGGGCACAUCGCAUCGUCCUCAAGCGUAAGCUCCUAAGCAGUUUGACGAAUACCCUCAACGGGCUGGUGAAAAGUGGCAGGGCCACUGAGUUCUGGAACAGCGAAACCGGUCGUAAGGAGCUUUUGUGGUCGAACGAGCUAGUCAGAGACUUCCUGGAAGGUGGUGAUGCUGUGGGUGCAGAGUCAGUCAACGAUGUCAGUGGACAAGACAAUGCUGUACGCGAUGUCAAGCUAUCGCAAGAGGGCAAUAGUGAAGUCAUUGUCAUCGAUAAUGAUGACGAUGACGACGAUCAAGACUUCAUGGACUGGGAGGGUAACGAUGCGCCGGGGCAGUCACCAGCGCCAUGCAGGGAGCAGGACCAGUUGGACGAAGCGAUGAAGCGAAGUCUCUUAGAGCAGCGACGGCACCAACAGCAGCAAACGCAGACGCAACCACGACCACGACCACGACCACGAGCCCAACAGUUCAAUCAUCAUUCCCUCGCACCUUCCUUUUCCAACACUCCACAGAGAGCCAUCCCAGCUGAUGACAGCAUGUUGCUAGAUCCGAUGAUCCCACUAGAAGUCCAAGCCUUCCGAAACGAGACGCAGAAAAUCGCGACCAAGCUCGCCAACGACCGUCGGGACUUCCAGUCUUAG